AUGCCUCCAAGCCGUUCAGUGGCAAAACGCGGUCGCGUUACAAAGGCUCGUGCUCCACCUAAGAAGACUACGAAAGUAGUCAAAAAAGCUCCAGCUUCUAAGAAGAAGAAUGAAAAAACAACACCUGCUACUCCUAAGAAAGUUACAAAGAAGGCACCGGCUAAAAAAACAACGAAAAGCCGUAAAGUUACUCCUAAACAAGAAAAGGUGGAGAAAAAAGUUAGCGUCAUUGAUGCUCCUGAGGAAGAACCUGACAAACUUGUCGAAAACUGGCUUGACAAACAUCACCAGCCUAACUCCCAUAAUGGUACUGCUAUGGUUGAAGGGACUUACUGUAGGAACGUCGUAACUGAAGACGCAGAUGAAGAAGCGGUUUUAACUUCUCCUAAUGAAACAAGCGAUGACAUCGAGAUGAAUAACGUAGCGAAAGCUGAAACUGAACCGAAAGAUGCGAGAAAAAAGGAGGAAAACAAAGAAAGCGAUGAGACAGAAAAGCUUAAGCCAAGUGGUAAAACUGUUUCUAGUGGAAAGACUGACAAUAACAAAUCUGACAAAGAUAUUGAAAAAAAAGAUGAAAGCAAAGCAAAUGAAGGCCGCAAAGUGAGCGAGAAAUGCAUCCCGAGUGCUGGCAAAAGAAGAAAAGUUGACUAUUGCUGCGAGGAUAUUGAUUCCAGUUCUGCAAAUGGUGGAAAACAGGAUACUACUCGAAAACUGAAGCCAGGAGUAAGUUGCUUGUACAGAACGGUUGCUUAUGGUGAAUCAAUAUUGAAAAAUGCGAGUGCUCGUGUUGUUUUGGGAAAUAGACUGAAGAAUUCUGUCUUGUCUUGUUUUGGUGUUCCCAUGCCAAGGCCAGGAUUUGCAUAUGAAUUUAUGUUCAAUCCUUAUUGUUCCUGCAAGAAAGCUCAUGAUUACUUUUGCUCCAAGAAGAGGGAAACUAGAAGGCAACGAAAAAAGUAUCGUUACGUAAGAGAAGAUAACAAUCACUGUGUUUUUAUCAAAAGAAGUCAAGACAGUAAUCCUGCAGUCAAAUCAGAGAAACAUUCACUUCUUAUGACGCAGAAACAUGCCUGUGGUACUGUUUUCAUGAGGAAAGAAGAUGCCAGCGAUUGUCCCAGAGAUGAGAGUCAUGACAGUAAUGAGAAUUGUUCGAAGAAAAAUGAUAAAACGGACUAUACUUUCAUCAGUGAGAGAAUUGAAAGCGUUUUUGCUGUCAAGAACUAUAAUCAAGAGCGGUGUACUACAGUAAUAAGAAAAAUUCCCGCAAAUGAUUGUGAACUGAUAGAAAGAAAUCUGAGAAACGUUUGUAUUGGCAUUGAGGAAUCAUGUGAAGGCAACCGAGCUCUUGCUACUGUGAAACGGGUCGACUGUGUUCUCUUGAAGAAGAAAGAUACCGAAGAAUGCAUUCUCUUCAAAAAUAAACAUGAUAGAAAGUCUAUUGUUAGAAUGGUUUAUGUCUCUAUUAUUGUUCUAACAACAACUCUUCUUCUCACUUUUCUUUAA